AUGGCCUCUAACUCCAACACCACUCCUCCACGCUUCCAAGACCCACACUCCCUCAACCCUUCAAACCCCAGCAAUUGCGUGCCCUCUUCCAACGGGCUUUCCAAGAACCCCACACUCCCUCCAACCCUUCAAAGCCCCGACACCUUCCCUCCAACCCUUCAACUCCACAGCCAUGAUCCUCCCCCUCUCCAACCCCUUCCAAAACCACAUUCCGCCUCCAAACCCUUCAACCCACGAAGCAUCCCCUCGGCCAUACCCCUUUCAAGACCGCCCACUAUCCCCCUUCCAACCCGCUUCAAACCCCCACACACUUCCCUCCACCCUUCCAAACCCCACAACCUCCCCUUCAAACCCACAUCCUCCACAACCCAACCCUCCAAACGCCCACACCGUCCCCCUCAACGCCCCUCCAAACCCACAACCCUCCCCGCUUACAAACCGCGACACUCGCCCCUCCAACCCUGCCUUCCAAACCGCACACCUCCCCUUCAACCCCUCCAACCCGCACACCCGCUCCCCUCCAAACCGCCUUCAGAAACCCCACACUGA